GAUUGGUUAUUAAAUGACACUGGUUUAUGGGAUUCCUUUGCUUUGUGUAGCUCAGUGCUAUUUAUUUUCUUAUUCAUUCCAGAAAGUGGUUCAAGUUGUAUGCCAAUAUUUAUAAGAAAUAGGCAAUGUCUUCUAUUAUUGAGGAAGUUGUGACCGAUGCCUGCCCAAGUCCACCAAGAGGUGAUCCUGAGGAGGUUACAAAUGUUGAUCCUGAAGUGGAAGACUUCACUGAGAAACCAAGAGUAUCAGAUCCAUCACCCACACGACAGAAAAGUAAACCGAAACCUAAACCAACAAAUACUUAUGCCAAUGUUAUCAAUAUUUCAAAUUCCAAUGGUAUACAGAUUGGGUCUACUUAUACCUUUAACUUAGGAAAUAAAGAAAAACCAACGGAGAAUAUAAUGAAAACUGACAAAAUUAUGCAGUUGUUUGAAUCUAGAAUCCCUGUGGAAAGAGAACAUAUUAUGUAUGUUGCAACACAUAUUGGAUCAAAUUGGAAAGGAGUUGGAAAACAUCUAAACUAUUCUGAUGGACAAAUAGAGCAAUUCUAUGAAGACAAUAAGGAAAUUGGGGUUAAAGAAGCAGUUUUUCAAUUGCUCUUGGAUUGGACUAGAAAUGACCCAGAUCAAGCUUUCUUGGGUAGACUUGCUAAAGUUCUAUGGGAAUCGGGCAACAGAGAUCCAGUUCGAAGACUUUCCAAGAAAAUUUUUGUGUAAUUGUAAUCUCAUGCUUUAAAAAUCGUCAUAUUUUAUUAAGUUUU